AUGACGCUAUCCCAGCCUGGUUCGGCGGAAAAAACUAUUCGCAAGAUUGAUAUUGCCCAGGUGUCUUUGAGUUUGCAGGACCGAUUGGGUCUCGCUAAACUCAAGUACCAGCAUGGCCGACUGCAUGGGUUGAACCAGCAGGAUGGCAAGUUCGGUCUCCUCGAUAGCGACAAGCCCUCCGAUUCCUCAUCUAAUUUCUCUCGCAGUCGAUGCGAGACUCCGUUUACAUCUCCUCCCCUCCGAGCAGCGACCUACUCCAAGGAACUCCCUCGAUCGUCUCGCAACAAGCACGCAGUGACCUUCAAUUCCCGAGUGAUGCAGCCUAUGUUGUCUGCCAGUCGCAAGCGUCUUCGCUCUGACUCUGCUUCGGGACGUCCGGCCAAGGCUGCGAGGGUUUCUUGGAAGAGUUCAUACCAGCUGCCAGAGUCUUCUCCGGGCCUCAAUAAGCACCUCACAGCACGCCACAACAUGCCAUUCAUGUCCGAGGCCACCAUCCCGGAACUGUCCUCCCCGGUAUAUCAUGGCCCGUCAGAUGAAGAGAAUGACCCGGAUCUGCCUCUGCAUAGUUUCCAAAACAUGGGCUCCAUGGUGGGCUCCUCGCCUCCACGCACUCCACCUCCCAAGCACUCACGAUUGUCACGCACCGAUCGUCCCUCGCAGCAUGAGGACGGUGCGGAUCUACUUCUGUACCUUGCCAAUUCUCCCACACCUGCUCGUGUGGCCCGAGGUUCUCAAGUACAUGGAUUCCCUCCUUCUACACCUCCUAGUCAGCAUGCCGUGCUGCCGUCCAUGACGCCCAAUCAGAACUUCAACUUCGCAGAUUUCGUCAAUGUGACCCCCAGCCCGGCACAGCAGGCAUGGGGUGGUCGUACACCUGGCCCUUCUCGCACCCCUCUCGCAGCUAAGGAUGCCCGCAAGCGUCUCAAUUUUGAUUCUCUUGUCCCUCCCACCAGUGCUGCCAGUCCUCGCAAGGAAAGAGGGCUAGCUCUCCAGCUUGGUGGUGAGCUGAGACCCUAA